CGUAAUCUAACGAGACGUCCCAGAAGUCAUACAAAAAAGAGAGAGCGCUUACUCGUAACUGGCCUUUUGUUAAAACACCGAAUCCAGGAAGUUCCAGAUCUCGAUCUCCCGAGUUUCAGAAUCAAAAUGGCGAAACCGAGGCAUUCGCGCCAUCCGGCUCGGAAAUCGUCAUCCUCAACCAUGAUUCUAACUAUGCUGAUCAUGUUCACCUUCCUGAUUUUGAUUCUCUUGGCGCUCGGAAUCCUUUCGAUUCCCAGUAGCAACUCCGGCGAUUUGAGCUCGAUUAAGCGUAACGCCGUCGACAGAAGUGAUGAUGAUGAAGGGCAAGGAGAGCAGUGGGUUGAAGUCAUCUCCUGGGAGCCUAGAGCUUUCAUCUUCCAUAAUUUCUUGUCCAAAGAGGAAUGUGAAUACCUAAUUGAGCUUGCCAAGCCUCAUAUGGAAAAGUCAACCGUUGUUGAUAGUGAAACUGGCAAGAGUAAGGAUAGCAGGGUACGUACAAGUUCUGGAACAUUUCUGGCUAGAGGACGUGAUAAGACUAUUAGGAACAUUGAGAAAAGGAUUGCAGAUUUUACCUUCAUACCAGCAGAGCAUGGGGAAGGACUUCAAAUUCUCCACUAUGAAGUCGGCCAAAAAUAUGAGCCUCACUAUGACUACUUCAUGGAUGAGUUCAAUACCAAGAAUGGUGGCCAACGCAUAGCUACAGUCCUUAUGUACCUCUCAGAUGUUGAAGAAGGGGGAGAGACAGUGUUUCCUGCAGCAAAGGGGAAUAUUAGUGCUGUCCCUUGGUGGAAUGAAUUAUCUGAAUGUGGAAAAGGGGGGCUUUCUGUCAAACCAAAGAUGGGUGAUGCGUUACUUUUCUGGAGCAUGAAGCCUGAUGCAGGUCUAGAUCCUUCAAGUCUGCAUGGAGGCUGCCCGGUGAUUAGAGGAAAUAAGUGGUCGUCUACAAAAUGGAUGCGUGUCAAUGAGUACAAGGUUUAAACAGCCGUUAUAAAGUUGACAGGAAUGGACUUGGAUUCCUUACCAUCCAUGUUGUACUCUGCAAAUGUUAAAAAGUGAGAGCUCUACCGCUACCCCGCUGCACACAUGGUGCUCUUUCUUGCUACUAUCAAUUUUUCGUGCACUCCCGCCUGCUGACUUGGACUCAUGCUCCAAUCUUGUUUCUUUACCUUUUUAUUUUUUUUAAAUUUAUUUUUACGAUUUUUACCUCAGUAAAGAGCCUUUUUAAAAUGUUCCUAGUCCCUACCGCUGAUAGAAUAAAAGUUAAGGAAUUUUCGCCUGCGUGCCCAAAAGUGUAACGGCUAGCGCAGAUGAGUUGAUGACAUAACGAUGUGGUGUACCUAAAUGAAAAACACGAUAUCACUUAUUUGACAUAUUACAGUCUUUUAAA